UUUUUUUGACUCAUAAUGGUCAAUCUCUUAUAAUUAAAAUUUUUUUCAGAAAAUGACCACCAUAUUAUUUGUGGUCCUUCUACUACUAUCACAGCACUAUUCCCAAGCUGUUCCCGUGCCCAGUUCAAAACUCUCAUCACCACUUGUAUCUAUAGACAAUGGCUGCCUAGUAACCUUCGAAAUCGUGCCUGAACACAUGUUGGCUAUAACCUUGCCAAAUUUAAAAUUAACUAAGACAACAGCUGUGCAAAGCUUAAACGAAUGCGCCUUCGUUUGCUACUCAAAUUUCUGUUCUGCCGCCAUCUUUGAAUUGGGACAGCCAGAAUCUCGUUGCCAUCUACAAAUCGGACCGAGCGAGACUUGCAAUAGAAGAGGACAGAGACAUUAUUCUUUUAGAAAUGAGCCUAGAGCUAUUAUUAGCUGUAUUAGAUGCAGCCCUUCAAAACCCGUCACAGUCUCUCACGAUGCUGAACUUCCCCCUCACAUAACCACAACACCCCUAUCUUUUGUUUCAACAACUACUACGACGACUACUAGUUCAGCAUUCUCUCCAUCUGCUAAACCUUUCAGUACUUUACCUCCUCCAACAUUGCCCCCGGUAGCUCCGGUUGCUCCUGUGGACCCAAAUGUCCAACAACCAGUUGAACAGCUACCACUAACAAACACAAUUCUUCCUCCUAUCCCUCCUUCCGAUGAAGAGAUGACUACAAUUAGGGUAGAUGAUGAAGCUACUAUCGCAAAAAUGGAAGAGAAUUUGGAUGAAAGGAAGGAAGAGGUGAAGGAAGAGAUCAAGGAAGAGGACGGGAAGAAGAAAAAACCGAAGGAGGAGGAGGAAGAAUUUGUGAAGAGAACAGUUUUACAAAAAACGGAGAAUGAAGAGAAAAAUACUGUUGACUUGUUAAAUAAUGAAGGGAAGGAAGAGGUGAUGGUUAAGGAAGAGAAUAUUGGCAGAGAUGAGGAAAAGCCUAAAAAAUUGUUUAAAUCUGUAUUUUCAUUGGAUUUAUUGGCAGAAAUGCAUUCUAGAAGGGGUUGGCACAUUGCGGCACCUUCAAAGGACAAAAUGGCAGUCGAGGUUUCUAAGAAAGAAGAUAAUCAAACAAAAUCAGUCAGUGGAAAAGAAAGAAGUAAACUUGAAGAUAAGGAAAAGAAGAGUUUGGAGGAUGAAAAGGAAGGAAAAGAGAAGGAAGACUUUUUCUUUUUGAAGGAAAAGAAGGAAGAUAAAAGAGAGAAGGUAAAGGCAGAAGAUACGGUUGAUGUUAAGGAAGGAAGAAGUUUGAGUGAAGGAGAAAAGUUGAAGAAUGAGGAAGAGAAAAGGGGAAGAAAAGAAGAAAAGGAGGGGGUUAAAAAGGAGAAGAUUGACAAGGAAGAGAAGGGGAAGAGGAAGAAUUCUAAGGAAGACUUGAAGAGCGAUGAAAAGGAUGAAGGAAAGGAUAAAAUGGAAGGAAAGGAGAAGAAAAAAGAGGAAGAUGAAGAAGCAAACGGAAAGGAUGAGAAGAAGAAAAAGACAAAGGAAGAGAAGGAAGGGGAGUCUAGCGAUGAAAAGCCGCCCAUUAAAAAGCUUAAAAAGGAGGAAAAUGAACUUUUCAAACGAAAUUUGAAGAUACAUACUUUGGAUUUAAUUAAAGAAGAGGGAAGAAAAUGGAAAGAAGCUGGAGAUGAGAAAGACAAACUUGAAGAAAAAGAAUUGAAAAAUAUUUUAUUAAAUGAGAAAGAAGCUAAAAUGGGAGAAAAACUAGAAACAGAAGAAAGUGAACUUGUUUUGACAACGACAGGAAUGAGUAUUGAUGAGAGAAUUGGUAAAAGUAAGGUAACUGAAGAUGAAAUAAAGAAGGAUAAAAGGAAGAAGAAUAAAGAAGGAUUGUCUGAAGAGGAUUUGAAGGAUGAGAAGGGAGAAGAUACAAGGGAAAAGAAGGGUGAUAAAAAGGAAGAUGAUAAGAAGAGAGAGGGAGAUGAAGAGGGAAGAUCAGAGGAUAAGGAAAAGAGAAGCAGGAAGGAAGAUGAUAAGAAAAAGGAAAGAAGGGAAGAGGAUCAAGAGGAAGAGAAACUGCCUUCUUUGAAAAUUGGGAAAGGAAAUGUUGAGGAAGAGAAGAAGAGAGAAACGGAAAAGAAACAGACAAAAACUGAAAAAGUGAAGAAGGAAAGUGAUGAUUUGACACUCUUCUCUACUGAUAAUCAAGAAGAGACGAUGGAUAAGAAAACUAAAAUAGAGGAUAGAAAAGAAAGAAAGAAUGCUGGAAGAGAAAAGGGUGAAGAUGAAAAGAGUGAGGAAGUAAAAAAUGUUAAGGAUGAAAAAAUAAGACAGGAUAAGGAUAUUGGAAAGAAAGAGAAGAAGGAGGAAAGGAUAAAAGCUGACGAGGAAAGGAAGGGUAGAGAAAAAGAGACAGGAAAGGAAGAAACGGAAAAGGAAGAAAAAGUUGAGGAAGAACAGAAGAAAAAAACUUUGGAAGAAAAGAUUAGAAAGAAUAAAAAUGAUGAAGAUGCCUCGAAGGAAGAUAUAAAGGAGAGAAUGGAAGAAAAUGGAGAAAAGGAAGAGCUUGGCGUUAUAAAAGAAGUGCGAAAGAAAAAGACGGAGGAAAAAGAGAUUAGAAAAGAGAAGAAAUUAGAAGGGAAGAAAAGUCUUGAAGAAGAAGACGAAGAUAAUUCUUCUAAUAAAUUGAAGAAGGAAGAGCUUGCUUUAUUGAAGAAGAAUGUUACAAAUGAAAACGAACAGUUUGUGGCUAGGAGGAAUUUGGAGGUUGGAAGGGAAGUUGGAAGAGAAGAAGAUGAAAAAUUAAGUUUAGCUUCUGUAAAUAAGAAAGCUAUAGAUGAAUUUAAAGAAGUGGAAGAAGGAAAAACGGAGAAAGUUAAGGAUAGUGAGUCAAAAAUCAAAAAAGAGUUGGGUGAUGAGAAUGUGAAGAGAAAGAAAAUUAAAGCUGAAGAGAAGAAAAAUGUAAAGGAAGAAAGUGUAGAAUGUGAAGAGGAAGAGGAAUCAGCUGAAAAAAGGAAGGAAAAAGAUGGAAAGAAGGAAGAAAUGAAAAUAAAAGAGAGAAGAGAUGAGAAGAAUGGUGAAACUAAAAUAGAUAAAGACGAAAGGAAGGAAGAAUCUAAUACCAAAUUAAGAAGGGAAGAUGAUCAAAAGGGUGUUGAUAAAGAAGAAAAAGAAUCGAAGAGUGUAACUAAAGUAAAAGAUGAACAAAAGAGAGAUGGAAAAGUCAAGGAAGAAGAAACGAGGUUAAAGAAAGGAAAGGAAGAUGAGCAAAAGAAGGAAGAGAAGAGGGAGGAUGAAAGGAAACUGAAUGAAGAAAAAGACGUGGUGAGAAUGGACGUGGAUAAUACAAAGUUGAGGAGAGAAGAAAAGGAGAAUGUGGAUGAAGAAAAGGAAUCUAAGAGGAUGACAAAAGGAAAGGAAGAAGAAAAGAGGGAAGAGAAAAUCGAGGAGGAUACAAGAGGGUUGAAGAAAGAAAGAGAUGAACAAAAGAGAGAAGAGAAUAUAGAGGAAGAGACGAGAAGUUUGAAGAAGGAGAGAGAUGAACAAAAGAGGGAAGAGAAGAUUGGGGAAGAGAAGAUCGAGGAAGAUACAAGAGGGUUGAAGAAGGAAAGAAAUGAACAAAAGGGAGAAGAGAAAAUAGAGGAAGAUUCAAGCUUGUUGAGAAAGGAUAGACAAGAUGGAGAGAAGGCGGAUAAGGAAGAGAAAAGGCUAAAGAAGGAAGAUGAGAAAGCAGGCGAAGAAGCAACGAGGUUGAAGAAGGAAAAGGAUGAGAAAGUAAAGGAAUCAGAAGCGGAUGACGCAAAGGAAGAGACAUCAAGAAAGAAGAAAGGAAAGGAAGAAGAAAAUAAGAGUGAAGAGAAAUUGACUGAAGUGAAGCUCGACAAAGAAGAGAGACAGGCUUCACUUUCAAGAAAAGAUAAAACAAGAAAAGAAAGUGAUUCGAAAAUAGAGAAGGAAAAGAGGGAAGAGAAUGAGUCGGAGACUACCUUCAAGAAAGAAGAUACAGAACUUGAUAAGUCGAAGAGAAAAGUUGCCGAAAUAAAAGAUGAUAAAUUGGAUGAAGAAAACGGAAGGAAAAUUGAAAAAUUGUUAAGUGGGAAGGGUGAUGAGCAAAUUGAAGAUAAACUGAAGAAUAUUGAUUUAUCGGCAGAGAAGAGAAUUAUUGAUGAGAAGAUUGAUGAGGAGGAAAGUAGGAAGGAAGAGGUUGAGAGAAAGGAGAAGAGGAAGGAGGAUGAAGAGAAGAAGAUGAGCAGAAAGGAAGAGGAGGGUAAAGGUGAAGAGAAGAGGGAUGAGAAACGGAAGGAAGAUGAGAAAGAAGAGAAGAUAGAGAAAAGGAAGAAUGAUGAAGAAAGGAAGAGAGAUGGAGGGAAGAAGGAUGAGGAAGACAGGGAAGUGGAAGAGAAAGAAGACAGGAAGAGGAAUGAGGAAACGAAAGAAGAGAAGAUGGAAGAAAAUAUGAAGAGAAAGAAGUUGGAAGGGGAAGAAAUUGGAGAGAUGGAAAAGAAGCGAAGGGAAGAAAAGGAAGAGGAUAAAAAUGUGGAGAAGAAAAACCUUGAGGACAGUACUAGAACAAAAUCCAGCUUGAAGAGAGAAAGUAAAGAGAUGGUUGAGGAUGUUUCCGAGGAAGUUAGAGAAUUAAAAAAAGGCCUAAAUAGUGAAGAAGAACCUCCCAAAAAUAAAAGAAACAAAGCUCAUCAAGCAAAGACUGUAUUAAUGAAUGAAAAGAUCCCUCUAGUUGGAAGGUCAAUCAGCGCUUUAGUUCCCAACAAAGUAAACGAAGUAGAAGAACCAGCAAGUCCCCCAGUUCCGUCCACUAUCAAAUUAGAACAUGGGUGCUUUAUAACCUUCCAGGCAGAAGAAGAUUGA